GAGACGUGGUUAGGGUUUUUGAGUGCGGCUCCCCAAAUACUCUCCUCUGCAACAUUCGCCGAGAGCUCCCUUUACCAUGGCUGAACAAACUGAGAAGGCUUUUCUGAAGCAACCGAAAGUGUUUCUAAGCUCGAAGAAAUCUGGGAAGGGUAAGAGACCUGGAAAAGGUGGAAACCGCUUUUGGAAAUCCAUUGGUCUUGGAUUUAAGACUCCCAGGGAAGCCAUUGAAGGGACCUAUAUUGACAAGAAAUGCCCCUUUACUGGCACUGUUUCAAUUAGAGGCCGUAUCUUAGCUGGAACAUGUCACAGUGCUAAGAUGACAAGGACUAUAAUUGUUAGGAGGAAUUAUCUUCAUUUUAUCAAGAAGUAUCAGAGAUACGAGAAGAGGCACUCAAAUAUUGCUGCUCAUAUAUCUCCUUGCUUCCGUGUGAAGGAAGGAGAUCAUGUUAUUAUUGGUCAAUGCAGGCCACUCUCAAAGACAGUGAGGUUCAACGUGUUGAAAGUGAUCCCAGCUGGAUCUUCUAGUGGGGCAAAGAAGGCAUUUACUGGAAUGUGAGCUUUGAUUUUCAGUUUUUAUUGAAGGAAAGUGUUACCUUGUUAAUUAGUAGAUCUGAUUUCUGGAAGGUGACAAAUAUGACAAAUCCUCGUAGAAUUUUGUUUUACAUUAUGGUUUUUUGAUACUAUUAGCUUUCAUUGGCUCUAUGCAGACUCUUCAUCUGUUUUUCAA